AGUGUAGACUAGUGUGCAACAACAUGGCAUCGCGGUCUUAAACCGGUCUCGGCAGUGCAGAUCUUGUUUCUUUAGGGUUUGGAGGGCUUCUGUCUUUUUAUUUCGUCGAACUUUCCGGCACAGGAGAAGACAAAGAGAAGCAAGCAUCUGUCAUUGUCGUCAUUGUGAUCAUUUCAGUCACUGACACAGGAUGUGUUCCAUUCGUAGACAAGAUCCUAGCUGCUGAUUACAUCUAUCGGCUCCUGCUGCUGCUGCUGAAGUCAGAACAUGAUAAAGAACUUGAUAAAGACAUGCGUGGAAGAAGAUCAACUGACAUUCGGGUUAUAGUGCUUGCAAUUACUCCAGGGAAAUAUCUGUGAUUUGUACUCUCUCUUUUCUUCUUUCUCCCUUCUUUUCUCACUCUCCUUCCAUUUUUACCCCCCAGCCCCACCCCACCUUUCAUCAGUUAAUAGUACAACAUUUCCAGCCAUGCCAUCCAAGCAAGAGCCGCCUUCAGCAUCACAGAUGACGACACCAGAAGCAAAGCCACCAGAAGAAAAGCCACCAGAAGAAAAGCCCCCAAAGCAGCAAAAGAAGUAUGUACCCGAGAAACCAUCCAAAGUGAUCUUAAGACACCUGAAAAAUCGGCAGGUGGUAGUGAAGGUGGGAAAGUUGUUCUUAGCAAUCGGCCACCGAGGUCGUCUAGUGCUUGGGCGAACUGGUCCGUGCAUGGUUCCGUCUGUGUCCACAGAUUGCGACGAUCCCUUGGCGCCUGCAUGCUCCUCCAUCAAGCUCCCAGACGCCAGCACCUUCACACCCUUCAUCUUCAUCGCCGAGGAGAGCGCCACGUUUAUGAGCAGAAAGGACGGCAAUGUGGAGACCAGUUUGCUGGUCAGGCUAAUCCUGCCUUCUGGCGAAAAUGAAACAAUGUUGGGUGCACGCUACCAACCCAUGGUUGGCCCCGUCGUCACCUUUGACUCUGACAAGUCCGGCUCCCGCUGGAAGCUGACCGCCAUUGGCCUCGACAAGUUCGUGAUGGAGUCGGUGCAGUUCAAGAACACUUGUCUGGAAGCCCGAAAGUACAGAUUGAACCUGCGGGUGAUGACGAGUCGUGACUGGGAUCGCAUCCACCACGGCGUGUGGGACGAGGAUGCGACGUGCACCAUCAUGACCAAACCCGACUUCGCGGUCAAAGAGGUCGGCGUCGUGGUCCGCUAGCCACGCUACUGUGCGCCUUUGACCCUAGAAACACAGAGAAACGAAGCCUUCUUCCCGUCUUCACGUGUAAAUCAAGAUAAUAAAUUCACCGAUAUGGUCAAAGAAACUACAACAACAAAAAAUAAUGAAUUUUUUUUUCUUUCUAAACCAGCAUUACUUCAGUAACGUAAAAUGUAAUCCCGUGUAAUCCAAGCAAAAAUCAGCGGCGAUUUCUUUAAUAAAAUGUAUGUUAUC